AUGUCUCUUACGACAUCCGCGAUCACCUCCGUGUGGACCGCGCUUGCCGACGACUCCGACGAUGGGCCAGAGAAACGGUGGGACGACCAGACAAGAGAGCAGCGCGAUCUGUACACGCAGUUUGUGAUAAGCUCUGCGCUGGGUCUGGGUGCUUUUCUGACAUUUUGUGUUUUGCGGCCCAAGUGGACGGGGCUAUAUGCAGCCCGAAGACGACAGCGAUGCGCCGCGUCGCGCUUACCCGAACUUCCGGAUACCUUGUUUGGUUGGAUCCCGGUCUUAUAUCGUAUCACUGAGGAGGAGGUGCUGCAAUCUGCGGGCUUGGAUGCUUAUGUGUUCCUCUCCUUUUUCAAAUUCGCUAUUCGCUUCUUGUUGGCUGUCUUCGUGUUCGCCGUCGCAAUUAUCCUUCCUCUCCACUACAAAUACACCGGCAAAUAUGGGGUUCCUGGCUGGGACAAUAAUGAUUCGCCCCAUAACAAGACUAUGAGUGUCAUUGGCACGUUGGGAAAAGAUAAGGAGAAGCCCAUCACAGAUCCGGGAUAUUUGUGGAUCUAUGUUCUCUUCACCUACGUUUUCAGCGGCUUGGCCGUCUACUUGCUUCUUCAGGAAACAAACCGCAUCAUCCGCACCCGACAGACAUAUCUCGGCAACCAGACCAGUACCACUGAUCGUACGAUUCGCUUGUCUGGUAUUCCUCCGGAAUUGGCCUCGGAAGAGAAAGUAAAAGAAUUCGUGGAGGGCCUUCAGGUCGGCAAAGUGGAGAGUGUCACGCUAUGUCGAAAAUGGCACGAACUGGAUGACCUGAUAGACGAGCGGAUGAAAGUGCUUCGAAAGCUCGAGAGAUCAUGGACGAAGCAUCUCGGAUAUAGACGGAGAAGGAGUGUUGGGAAUACGUUGCCACUCACCAAUCAACCGCAUGCUUCGAGCGUGCGAGAUGAAGACAAUGAAAGAUCGCAACUACUUUCGGAAGCCGAGCAAGACUAUGCAUCUCGAGACCUUCGUGCGCGGCCGAGGGUUCGUAUCUGGUAUGGGCCAUUCAAACUUCGGUAUCGCAUGAUUGAUGCAAUCGACUACUACGACGAGAAGGCACGGAAGAUCGAUGAACAGAUUCACGCCGCGCGGGAAAAAGAAUAUUCCCCCACUGAGAUCGCGUUUGUCACGAUGGAAUCUAUUGCGGCCUCCCAGAUGCUCGUGCAAGCGAUCCUCGACCCGCAUCCUUUGCAGAUGUUCGCUCGGCUUGCCCCGGCCCCGGCCGAUGUCAUCUGGAAAAAUACCUAUCUCUCUCGCUCCAGACGAAUGACACAGUCGUGGUCCAUUACGCUUGUCAUUGGCUUUCUCACUGUGUUUUGGUCCGUUCUUUUGCUCCCAAUUGUGGGAUUGCUGGAAAUGAAAACCCUCCACAAGGUUGUUCCCAAGCUUGCGGAGGCUCUUGAGGUUCAUCCGAUUCUCUCGUCUUUGGUUCAAACCGGAUUGCCGACUCUAGCGUUUUCGCUGUUAACAGUGGCCGUGCCGUACUUGUAUGAAUGGCUCUCGAACAACCAAGGAAUGAUGUCGCGCGGCGACGUUGAGCUGUCUAUCAUCUCCAAAAACUUCUUCUUUUCCUUCUUCAACAUCUUUUUGGUCUUUACCGUGUUUGGUACCGCGAACGGUUUCUACGGAUUGUGGGAAAACCUCCGGGACGCCUUCAAAGAUGCCACAACCAUCGCCCUAGCUCUGGCGACGUCGUUGGAAGGUCUCGCGCCCUUCUAUAUCAAUCUGCUGGUCCUGCAGGGAUUGGGUUUGUUCCCCUUUCGACUCCUCGAGUUUGGCAGUGUUGCUUUGUACCCCAUCCAUUUCCUCACGGCUCGAACGCCGCGGGAAUAUGCCGAGUUGGCAACUCCACCCCAGUUCAGCUACGGCUUCUCGAUCCCGCAGACCAUUCUCGUGUUGAUCAUCUGCGUUGUAUACAGCGUGUUUCCCAGCUCGUGGCUGAUCUGUCUCUUCGGCCUGGUCUACUUCACGGUCGGCCAAUUCAUCUAUAAAUACCAACUCCUGUAUGCCAUGGACCACCAACAGCACUCGACCGGCCGCGCCUGGCCGAUGAUCUGCAACCGCGUGUUUGUGGGGCUGGUGGUCUACCAGCUAGCCAUGAUCGGCGUGCUAGCCUUGCGCCGCAAUAUCACGCGUUCGCUGCUCCUCGUUCCUCUUUUGGGAUGCACCGUGUGGUUUACCUAUUGGUUUGCGCGGACUUAUGAGCCUCUGAUGAAAUUUAUCGCGCUCAAGAGUAUAAACCGUGACCAACCUGAUCCCGGCGAGAUUACCCCGUCUCCCUCUUCUACAUUCUCCCCGCCGUCGGGCUUAGAUCGCGAUGCGCUCCCGAUCCGUAUUGGCGGGCAAGAGCUUGGGCUGCGGCUGAAGAAGUACGUCAACCCCAGCCUAAUCCUGCCACUUCAUGAUGCUUGGCUUCCGGGCCACAGCCCUGCGCAGGGCAAUGGGGCACCAUUGUUCGACGUCCACGAGACGCAGAACCAUGCCUCCCAUUGA